AUCUUUUUCACAUUCUUGCUCAUUUAACAUUUAUAAAUACACACUUUUUUGUAUUAUAAAAUUCUAGUGGAAUAAAAUAUAAGUUACCUUAAAUAUAACAAAAAUAUUGUUCCAAUUUUUUAAGAAGAUUAAUACUAUCACAGUGUCCUGGAUAUACAUUUAAUGAUUUUUGUAUUGCAAUGUAACUUGUUUGAAAAUCUCCUAACUGUAAACAAUAAAAUGAUAAUAUUGUUUACAAUGUAUUAUGUUUAUAUGCAAGUAUUGUUAGAAUACCUUAUAUGCUAAAUGUGCACUAUUAAAAUGUGGCUCGUGUAUGUAAUUUGCAAUAGUGGCUGCUGCAUGGAAAUAAGUUCUUGCAGUUGUAACAUUACCAUUUUUCAUUUGUAUUACACCAAGAUUAUUAUAUGCCAAUGCAUGUCUAUUGUCAACUGCAAUAGCAAGUUUUAAACAUUCUUCUGCCAUCUCUAAAUCACCUAAACUCUAAGCAGAUGUGAAUUAAUAAAAUUAUGUACAAAAUCAUUACAUAAUUUAAAUCUUAUUAAUUCUCUUACAAUUGCAAUAUGAGAAAUAUUGUACCAAAUAUCAGCUUUGUUUUCAUCAUUGGCAAGGCUCAAGGCCCUUUCAAAGCAUGAUAUUGUAUGAUCAUAUUGUUGUGCAUAAAAGCAACACAAUCCAAGAUUAUUAAAUAAUUCAGUAUUAUAAACACCCAUUUGUAGUAAUCUUCUGCAAAAAAUACAUUUUUACUGUAUUUUUUGCAAUCCAUCUUUAAAAUAUAAAAAAAAUUAUAAUUAAAUUAAUUCUUAUUUACCUGUAAAAGCGUAAAGCCAGUUCUGGUUGAUCAUUAUAAAAAUGAUGCAUUCCAAUACUUGCGAUUGCUUCUGUAUGAGAAGCAUCUUCUUGAGCUAUCAAUUUAUAAUAUUUCAUCGACAUUGACAUGUUAUUUAAGCCUUCAAAAAUUCGUCCCAUUUCAACAAGUAUAGUAACCUAAAGUAUACUAUCUAACAAUUAUAUGUUUUCCAAUAUAUAUUUUAAAAUAAAUUACAAUAUUAUAUUACAUACAUCAUUUGGAAAAUACUCUAGUCCACCUUUACAUAUAUCUAAAGCAGCCAAUGGUUGAUCUAAUCUAAUAUAUACUCUAAUCAAUCUUAUAGUCGUUUCAAUGGCUUUACAAUCACGUAAGGCUGAUCUAAAUUGUUGUUCUGCAUCUCUCAUUAAACCUAAAGUAUAAUAACAUUUUCCUAAUUGUACUUUCCACCACCAAUCCUUAUAUUGACAAGCUUGUGUUGCUUGUACUGCUAAGUCAAGAGCCUGAAAAGAGUUAGAUUUUAGUUUUGUACAAUUUUUAAAAGACAGUUCUACAAAUUGAAAACAUGAUUUGUGCCAUAAAUAUUGUAUUAAUACUUACAUAUCUGGCAUCAUGUUCAUGGUAAUAAAUGUAUUCAAACAAAGGUUUUGCAAUGCUAGGUUGAUUUGCAUAUUUGGCUAUAUUUAAACGUGAUAAUUGUAUAAAAGGGCCACCAGGUUCUGUUAACAUAGAUGCAGUUCCAAGUCUAGAUAUAAAAGAUAUAUUUUUCCUUAUGAAGCAAAAUAUUAUAACUGUUUCUGCUUAUAAAGGAAAUGUUAAUUUUAUAUAAUAUUAUCAUUUUCAAAUGUAUAUUAACAUUUUAACAAGAUAAGAAUAUAUCAAUAACAAACCUGACAUUUCGUCCAGAAAUAGCAGUAAUAGGUCUUGCUGUAGCUGCUGUUCUUGGCAUUCUUAAUGCUUGUUCCAUUGUUUGUGAUAUUGCUGAUUGUGUAGCAGGUCUUACAACUCCAGUAACAGGUCUACCUUUAAAAAAAAAUUAUAUUUUUAUUACUAUAAAUACUGCUAGUUUUUCUUAUUUGUUUCUGGUAUAUUGUACCUGACUGAGUUUUAGGGCGGAUUCCAUGUUCAAUUCGGGCAGUUCCUGGAUUUUUUAAAGAUGUACCUGGUCUAGGCAUUGUAGUCAUUGUAUAAUUAUCUAACAAACCUUCUGCAAUUCCUUCUUCUUCACUUUCUAUGUCAUCAACAUAAACUUGUAAUGUUAAAGCACGCAUUUUUAAAACCCAUAUUGCCUAAAAGUAAAUAAACAUACAUCAAAUUAUGACAUAAAAAGAAACUUGUUAUAUUAUAUUAUUAGUGCAAAUAUUAUAUAAUUAAUGUAAUAUAUGAAUAUAAUAUAUUCAUACCUGAUCUAAUGGAUUUUUUUUCAAUAAUUCUGUACAUUUAGUUACACAAGCUUCAUAUUUUUGCCGAUUAAACAAACUUAAAGCAAUGAAUAAAUCCAUGGUAAUAAUAAUAGAUUUAAAAAUAUGAAAUAUAUUUAAAUCGUAUAAUCUAAUUACACUUUCAAUACCUUUUUCAUACCUGUUAUACUAUUUAGCCUACACUGUCUAUACCUGCUACAGUUGUAUUGAUUAUUUUCUUCAUGACCUACUUUGACAUUUUUUGUAAUUUUACAUGACAUUAUAGUCUUUUUAAUAUAUCCUUCAUAAAUAUUUAUUUAACCCGAAUUUAGUUACAUAUUAUUAUAAACUUCAAAGCUUUUAUAACAAUGUUUAUGACAAAGAACUUGCAUGACUGAUUUUUAAUUAAAAUUUUAUGAACUUUAUAUAGGAAUAUCUUUAAAAUAAUAAAUUAUUGUAAGAAUUAUAAAAGUAAAAAUAUAUUUUAGAGAAUAUUAUAUAAAAAUAAUGGCAUAUAUAAAUUAUGAUGAUAUCAGCAUAAAAAAUGAAUUUGGAAAGUUUUUCAAAACAAAAAGCAUUGGAGAACAAUGUACAGAAGAAUCUUUGAUGCAUUUAUACAAUAAAUUUUUAACAACAAAAAACAAAAAAAUGAAUAUGUCUCAGUUAGAACAUGCCUUUAUAUCUAUUUUAAAUAUAAAAUUGUCUUCUAAAGAUUUCAAUAUCUUAUUUCAGAAGAUAAAUUUAAGAAAAGAUGGAUAUGUAACAUGGAAUGAAUUUAUUUCUUACUUAAUAAUGGAAUUUCAAAAGACAGAUGUAUCCUUACAACAUCAAAUGUUAGAACUUCCACUUACAGGCUCACCUAAAAUAUUAAAAACACAUCAUCGUACUCCAAUUUGUAGAAUUGCUUUCUAUCCUGAAUUACUUCCAGAUCGAAGCAGUAGUUUUCAAAAAGGUUGUUAUCUGACUGCUAGUAGAGAUGGAGUUAUUAAUUAUUGGUCAUUAGAUUUUAAAUAUGAACGCAGUGUACACUCUGUAAAUCCAUAUUUGAAGGUACAACAAACCACAAUAACUGAUAUGAUACUAAUGCCAGAUGUUCAAAUAAUAUGUACAAGCUCUACUGAACGUGAUUUAAGAUUUUAUGAUGUUGUGGCAAAGAAAUUUGAAUUACGUGUGAUGAUAUCAAGUUUAAAUUAUGUUGUUGUAUGUAUGUCAUAUUACUUCAGUUCAAACAUAAAGGAUAAAUCUUACAUUAUUUUGGGAGAUACAAAUGGAUCUAUUAUAAUCAUGACUUUUUCUUCCAUAGAAAAAGGGCCUUUCAAACAACAAUCUGAAUACAAUACAAUAUCCAUACGUUAUGAAGCACUUAUCAGAGAUGAGUUACCUGAUCUAAAAGUUAUAGAAAUAAAACAUGUACAUACAAAUUGGGUAAAUCAAGUGGCUUAUUAUGGAAAUCUUAGAGCUUUCAUGUCUAGCAGCAAAUGUUCAGAAUGUUCAUUAUUAUUUAGUGAUCCUACGAGGAUGAGAAUACAAUAUAAAUUUACUGUCGCAAGGGGAAUAUCUUGUUUUAAUUUUUGUGAAGAAAGUCAAAUACUUGUAACAGGUGGUCCUGAUUGUAUAAUCCGAGUUUGGAAUCCUUUUGUACCAACAAAAGCAAGUAAUAUUUUUCAAGGACACCAAGCAACUAUUUGUGCUAUAAUAAUACAAAAUGCAGGCCAGCGUAUAUAUUCUUUAUCAAAAGAUAGAUGCAUAAAAGUUUGGGAUGUUCCUACUUAUACUUGUAUACAGACAUACAAUGGUUUACAAAAAGAACUAAGUGAAAACAUAAAAGUAUCCGUAAUUUAUAAUAAAUUAACACAUAAAAUGAUCAUUUGUAGUAUGAUAAUUGCCAUUGUUAUUUGUGAACAAGUGAUCAAUGAGGAAAUAUCAGAUGGAAUUUCUCAUACAAAGCCUGUUAGUUCUGUACUUUAUAAUCAUUUAUAUAAAUUAAUUGUUUCUACAGGAUUAGAUUCAUGUAUUAUAGUAUGGGAUCCUUGGCUUGGUCGUCGUUUAUAUUUAGUGACUAAUGCUCAUAGUAUUUUACUAUAUGGACAAUAUGUUAACGUUGAAAUUACUGCUGCUACUUUUGAUGAUUCUGAACAAUUAUUGGUAACAGGUGCUAGAAAUGGAUCAUUAAAAAUAUGGAAUUUUAAUACAGGAACAUGUUUACGAAAUAUGGCAAUAGAGGAUCAAUGUGAAAUAACUAGUUUAAAUUGGGUGGAGAAUCGUAUUUUAUGUACAGGAUGGAAUCAACGUGUUACAGAAUUUACAAUCUCUGAACUUCACACGUAUAAAAAAAGCUGGGAGUUAAUACAUACAGAUGAUGUACUUUUUUCAGCUGUACAAUAUCCACAAGUUUUAGCUACUGCUUCAUAUAAUGGAGAAAUAAUUUUUUGGCGACUUGAAACAGGUCAGCCAUACAGAAGAUAUCAAGUGAGUAAUGCAACUGGAAGAUAUGCUAUUAAAUAUAAAAAUAAUCUUAAAGAAAAUAUGAAAGAAACUUCGUCAAAAAUAAAAGAAGUUAAAUUGAAACAACAAAUUUUAAAUGAAGAAAACUAUGAUCAAUCUAGCAAAUACAUUAAUAUUUGUUCUCAUCAACAAUCAGCAUUAAAUAGAACUCGAUUAGUGACUGUCUGUGCCAUUAUAUAUUUAAAUUCAAGACCAAUGAAUCCUAAUAUUGGUACAUUAUUAGUUUCACUUGAAUCUGGGAUCAUACAAGUUUGGAGUCAUCAUCCUGCUGGAAGAUUCUUAACAGGUUUCUCAGUUAUUCAUAUGAGAAGAGAUUCUGCUAUUUCUUUAGCUACUGAUCCUGAAAAUAAUUACUUGAUAACAGGCCAUUGUUUCGGAUAUAUAAAAGUUUGGUAUCUCGCAAAUUAUACAAUACCUAAUCCUCCUAAAGUGUGUAUGCCACUUUUAAGAUUAGAAUUUCCAUUUCUUUGGAAAGAUAUAAUAAAUGGUCGUGCUAAGCGAGCUGUACAAAACCAAUCAUUACCACUUUUAUUGUCAUCCCUUCGUGGUCAUACAAAGGCAGUUACGUGUCUUCAGAUAAUUCCUGAUGCACGUAUUAUUAUCAGUGGAAGUGCAGAUCAUACAGUACGUUUAUGGACUUUAGGAGGUCGUUAUAUAUCAACUUUGGGAACAUUUAGAGAAUGGAUGCCAAUUUUACCUCACAUACCUGCAUCUAAAUAUUUUCAACAUUUUAGAUAUCCCAUGGAUAUUAAGAGAUCUGCUAGUUUCACUACUAUGAAAGUUCUCCAAGGAGGUCUAGGCUCAGUAGAGAUUAAAGAUGUUGAUGAAAUUGAUUAUCUAAAGAUAAUUCCAGAACAAAGUAGACAUAUAUUGUAUGGAGAACAAUUGCAAAGUCCAAUUCUUGGAAAUUAUUACAAAGUAUCUGACGAAACAAAACAUUAUAUUGAGCCAACAGUUUUGGAUAAUUCUUUAACACAUAUACCAGUGUAUACACAUCUAAUAACACAUACCUUAAAGCACAUUGAAUCUAAGUAAAUCCAUAAUUGUGCAUGGUCAAAAAAAGGAAUUUUUGUAAAACGACAUCACCAUUGUCAUUAUUUCUACUUAUGUUAAAUAACAUUAUGAAUAAAUGAAAAUAUAACACAUGAAAAAUUAAAUUUAUAUAAUAAAUUCAUUUGUCUAAAAAAAAAAAAAAAAAAAAAAAAAAAAAGAAAAAAAUAUAAUUCUUACAUACUAUAACCAGUACUUUGCAUAAGUAUUUCAUAUAAAACAAUAAAAAAAUUUCAUAUAAAGGAAUAUUAAUAACACUUUGUAAAGAACAUAGAAGUACUGGGUACAUUAUUAUUACGAAAAUUUAAUACAAAUUACAACAUACGUAUGUUGAUAGAAGCACACAUUACGUGUAUGUGCAUAUCAAAUAAUUCAUAGAUCGUUGAAGUUAUAUGUUACAAAGCACAAAAAAUUCUUAAACAGUUUAAUAGUAUUAAACAUGUUAUGCUUAAUAUAUUUAAUAAUAUUAAUAGAGCUGUGAUUAAAUAUCAAUUUCAUUGAAAGGAGACUAAUUAUUCAGUUUCCAUCAUUGAAUAACGAGGUGGUGUUUUCCAGAUUGCACUUGAUGUACGUUUCAAUCUAUUUCUAUCAAUACCAAUAAAUAAUUCGGUUAAAUCUGGAGUACACUUUCGAGUAUCAAAGAAUUUAUAAACUGCUAUAUCUGGUAUAUAUCGCUGCAUUGCUAGUUGUGCUUUUCUUAUAUGUGCUAAAAUAAAUUAAUAUUAUUAUAUGUAUUAUAUAUUAUCAAUUAAAAUAUACGAUUAAUACUAAAAAAAAGGUAUAUAUACGUACGCUGUGCCCAAUAUGGAAUUACAUGUUUUGGCUUGGAUUCAUCAUCUGAGUCAUCGUCAUCAGGUUCACUGUCAAGAAUGUAAUUUACUGGACCCUGAUUUUUAUUACUAGCCAUUUGUUUAUUCUAGAAAACAAAAUGAGAUUUUUUAUUUUUUUAAAAGAUUAUGCAAUUGAUACUAUGGAUAGCAUAUAAUAAAAACAAUUCACUUUUGCUUGUCCUGUAAGCAUUUGUGCUUUUAACCGCAUUGCUUCUAUAGCAGCUUGUUGUUGUGCUCUUGCUUCAGCUUCUCGUCGUUUAUCAGCUUCUUGUUCUCUACGUCUUUGCUCUGCAAGUAAACGUUCUGCCUCUUCUUGUUCAAGUAAUCGUUUUAAUCUUAGUUGUUCUUCUUGCUUUCUCUUUUCUUCUUUCUCCUUUAGGAACAGUUACAGAAUUUAUUUUGUAUUGUUAAUGUAUAUUUAUUUUUAUAUAGAUAAAAGAAUAUUAAAAAAAAUAACCUGAGCUCUUUGUAAUUGUGCAAGUCGUUUUCUUUCCAUUUCUUCACGUUGUUUUUCUUGCAUGUGUUGCGCUAAUCUCGCUUUCUCUUCCUUCUCUCGUUCUGCCCUCUGCCGUUUUUCUAAUUCUUGUUUCUCUUUGGCUUCUCGUGCUAAUCUAUUUUUUAAUUCCUUCUCUUGUCUCUUCCUAUAAGCCAAAAGUAUAAAUCAGAAAAAUAAUUUUUCUAUAAAAUUAUUAAAUACUAUAUAAUAGUAAUAAGAUUUUACCUUCUUUUUUCUUCUGUCUGAAGUCUCAAGGCUUCAUCUCUUUUUCUCCUUGCAUUUUCAUCAUUUAUCUGUUUUCGUUUUGUUUCUUCUAUUUUAUCUAUAGAAUUUUGCUUGCUAGCUGUUCUUGGCAUCGGAAUUAAUGAUUCUACUGAUGUUACAAUGUUUGCACGAGAAGCUGUAAAAGCUUUUAUAGACUAAAAAUAAAACAUAUAACUUUUAAAUAAUUAAUCUUCAUUUUUGACAAAUAUAUUAUAAGGAAGGUAAUUUAUUUUUCAAUUUACGUUUGGAAGCAGUUGAUUGUUGAUUGGAGUUUUUGGAUUACGAUUCAAAGACAUUGGUAAUUGUAUUUUAGGUUUGCUGAGAGGAGUUACUUUUUGCCGCUGCUUUGGAUUGAUUUUUUCAUUCUGCAAUAAUUUAUUUGUUCCCAUGUUUGUUCCUAUGUUUAAUUUGUUCUGAAAAUUAAAUUUUAUCAGUAUUUGGUUUAAAAAACAUUUAAUUGUUUACAAAAAUAAAAUGGCUUACUUCCUUAAAUUCUUCAUCUUUUACUUGUUUUGCCAAAGAAAUUUUUUUUGCUCUUGCAAGGGACUUACGAGCUAAUUUUUGUGCGACAGUUUUAUCAGCUUCUGCAGCAGCCAUGGCACGUGUUUUCGUUCUAGUUAUUCUCAUCGGUGCAUCUUCGUCAAUUAAUCUAGGACUACUCAUACAAACCUGUUCAAAUGCUUCUACCCGUUUUUUAACAGAUUCCUUGGCAUAAGGACUAAAUAGAACAUUUGACUUAUAAGUACUUCUUAACUCCUUUAAAGCAGAAUUUUCUUUUAUAACAGGUCUCAUAGGUGUAUUAAGAACUUCAUCAUCACUUGUUGAAGGAGAUUGUAUGAUUUUCUUUUGCUUUUUAGUAUUUACGUCUACUUUAAGAUUUUGUACUUUUCCUCGUACUCUAUUUAUUUCUGGUGAAGAUUCAUCGUCCGUAAUUAAUUCAUCGAAUUCUUUAUUUGCCAUAGCAUCUUUAAAUUGUUGAACCCUGUCCUUUGCUUGAUUUUUAGAUGUCUUUUUUGUUUCAGAUGAAUAACAUGAACUUAAUUUAUUCUUAUCAUUUGUGAUAGUAUUGUUUUGCUCUAUAUGUUGUUUAUUGUUAAGUUCAUUGCUGAUUGAAUUUACAGAACUUUUCUUUAUCGUUACUGUUUCAUUUAAUAUUAUUUGCCUUGACAAAGGUUCUAAUACUACUGUUACAUUCAUCAUUUUAUCUAAUAAAGUAGAACUAACUUUCAUUGUUGAAUUCAUAAUUGGAAGAUGUUUUGGUAAUGCAUCUUCAUACAUUGAUGGCUCAUCAAUGUCAUCUGUAACAGGAACAGAAAGUAUUUCAUCAAUAAUAUCAUCCUUUCCUCCAUUUUCUUUUUGAAUAUCCCUAGAAAUUUUUCUUUCACUUGAUCUAUGAUGUUUUAAAGCAGAGAUACAAUUUUCUUCAACUUUGACAGCAUUGUCUUCAGCAGCACUUAUUUGCGUAUUAAUAUUUGCUUCAUUCACAUCUUUCAGACUAUUGUUUCUUGUUUUAUGUUCUUCUAUUUUAGUAUGUUUUGCUGGUCUUUUAUCUUCAUCUUCAUCAGAACUUCUUGAAGAUUUAGUCCUUUUAAUUCGAUUGUCAGAAAGUAUCUGCAAGAAAAUAAAUAUAUUUCGUUUAUAUAUGUUAAUUACUAGAAUAUUUAUAGUUUAUACAAACCUUAUUUGUAUUAUCAUUUUGUUGCAAGUUUUCAGGUUUUCGUAAUUUACUUGUUAGCGACAUAGAUUGCUGCUUUCUUAUAUUAUCUGCUGCAGUCUUAGAAGCUUUUCUCUUAGUUCUUGUACCUAUAGUUUCUUCUAAAUUUGAUUCAUUUUUCAAUUUCACAUCUUUAUUAACAGAAGAUAAUAACACAAUUUCUGUAGUAUCUAAAACACUAUCUUCUGGUAUUGUCUCAAUACGUUGAACUCCUUUUCUUUUCACUAACUUUGGAGUUUUUGCUAUAAGAGGUCCAGAUCUUGAUUGAGGUAUUUGCGUUAUUAAAUCUUGUAGAUAAUCCAAAAUAUCAUCUACACUAUCUCUUAUAGAUUUUUUAACUUCUUCACAACAAUUAAAAAGGUCUUCUGCAUCUUUUGCAAUCAUCGCUUUGAUCCUGUCCUUUGAAUAAGUGCUCAUUUUUAAAACCUGACAAAAAUAAUUAUAUUGUUGUGUAAAUAUCACAUAAUAAAAUGCAUUCUUUAAAUAAAAUGAGAAUUAAAAUCGAUGAACUAUACAAAAUAAAGCUUUAUGAAAUUAGCUUAAUAUAAAAAUUACAAAGGUUAAAAUUCAUAAUAAAGUAGGCUAGGCAUUAUAAUAAUUUAGGAGAACUUUUAAUAUAAAGGUAAGAUAUUAGUUUUAAGCCCGCGAAAAUAAACUUGAACAUUUUAUCCAUACCUUAAUAUUCUAAACAAUUUAAUUAUAUGAGAAAUAAACGAUUAUGUCCACAGUAUACCUCGCUAAUAUACAAUUGCGUAAGACAAUGAAUUCUUGAUAAACAAUUAUUAAAAAUUAUAUAAAGUAAAAAGUUACCGACGAUGCCCAUCUCGCGCACAGACGGGCUGAUCACUCGGCUUUCAUUUCUCACGUUUUGUGUAACGUCUUUUCCGUUUAAUUUAAAUUUCAACCAGAACGCCAUCUACGGAGAAAAAGACAAGCUUAACCAUGUUAAAUUCUGCAAGUGCACGUAUGUACCUUAAUAAAUGCAUUCUUGAUUACGAUUGGACGUUACUGCAUAUACGCGUUCGCUUUGAAGAAAUUUGGAAAAUCUUAAUGUUUUUUUCUUGUAAAAUUACUCAUGUAAAUAUAUGUAAGAUGUAUAUCUAUAUUCGUAAUAAAUAAAUAUUACGUCUUUGUCUUUAUAAGAUUUAUAAAAAUCUUAAUAAUAAUAAUAGAAGAGAUUUUAUUUUAUGAAUACAGAUAAUUUAACAAAAUUAAUUAUUCCAUGAUAAAUAUCUGCAAACCAAUCACAAUUUUAGUUAUACAAUUUAAUUACGUUAAAUCAGUGGCAAUAUAUUAUAAUUACAGGAUAUAUACACGAAAUGUAAUAUUAAAGGAGCGCGAACGAAAAAAAUGGAAUUUAAAUUUUGAUUAAAUUUAAUGUUUG